CGAAUCGACUCCAAGAAGUCAAACACCCCCGACCUCACUUCACAGCUGGAGCAAGUGACAGCAGCAUCUGCGAGCCAGCCAAACUGCCACUCAGCUACUUGUGCUCUCUCGACGCGGGACGUUUGACCACCUGUGGACCAUGGAAGAAGACGCGUCCCACGCCGAGCCCAGCGGCGUCUCGGGUAGCACCCACACCAUCCCGCAGCAGCAGCAGCAGCCCGAAAACGAGGAGAUCCUGAUACCGAGCUUCAGCCCGCCCUCCGCCCCGUCCUCCCCGACCCCGACCCCGACCAGCACUCUCUCCCGGCUUGGCUUGAAGAGCCCCACCGGCCCGAGCGCGGCCGCGCCGGGCAGCCCGGUCGACCGCGGCCAGGUGAGCGCCAUCACCGUGGUGGCGCUGCUGGACAAGCUGGUCAACAUGCUGGAGGCGGUGCAGGACAACCAGCAGCGGAUGGAGCAGCGGCAGGCCGAGCUGGAGGGCGCCGUGCGCGUCGUGCAGGGGGACGUGACCCGCCUGUCCAAGACGCACAUCAGCACCUCCAACAGCGUCAGCAAGCUGCUCGAGCGCUCCCGUAAAGUCAGCGGCCACCUGAAGGACGUGAAGGAGCGCAUGGACAAGCAGGCGGUCCAGGUGAAGAAGCUGGAGGCAAACCACAGCCACCUGCUGAAGAGGAACCACUUCAAAGUGCUCAUUUUCCAGGAAGACAAUGAGAUCCCCUCUAGCGUGUUAGUCAAGGACUCCCUCAAGACCCCACAACCAAGCCAGUAUGAUGCAGAAUCCACCCAGCCUACUCCAUCUAUUACAGGUUCUGUUGAUGGCAUGCGUGCCCAAGAGGAGGGUCUCCAGACCAUUAGCCUGUCCUCAGAUGAUGAUGAUGAUCUUGCAGCACACGGGGAGGGAGAAGAGAUGCUGGAGGGUGAGGCCGGAGUGGGUUUGGGCACAUCCCAUGCUUUUGAGAGAAGGGCUGACAGGUUCAAGCGCUCCAGCCUGAAGAAGGUCGAUAGCCUCAAGAAGGCCUUUUCACGCCAAAGCAUUGAGAAGAAGAUGACCCAGAUCACCACAAAGAUUGUGCCACCUGAGAAGCGUGAGAAAAUCAAAAAGAGCCUCACCCCUAACCACCCCAAGAGCCCAACUGCUAAGACCUCCUCAUUCAAAGUGUCUCCAAUGACCUUUAAUGUAAAGAAGGUCAGAGAUGGGGAAGUCCCCACACAAGACAUGGGCUCACCUGUGGAAGAAGCUCAUGUGGAGAUUCCUCCUCUGGGAAGCUUAGAUGGGGAGAUUCCCUUGGCGGAGGUGCAUACCCACGAAGGUGUUGUAGAAGAGAUUCGGGAGAUGCUGAGUCCCUCCACCCCAGACAGCAUGAAGGCAGAGCUGGCAAUCAAUGGAGAAGCACCAAGCAUUGAGUGUGAGAUUAAUGGUGAUCGUUCUGCUGUCCUGGCAGUGCCAGAGCAUGAUGAAGAUGUUGGGGAGGAAGAAGACGAUGAGGAAGAAGAACAAGAGAAACAAAAAAACCCUGUUGAGACAGCAGAUGCCCAUACUCCCACAGCAAAAACUGCUGUGGAGCAAGUGUCUUAAUAUGAUUUGAUUUUGUUGAGCAUCAGUUAUAAUUUCUGAUUCUUUCUUUACUUCAAGUUUCUACAUUUGACACCCAGCGGGCAAAAAUUAUCCCUCCAUUGUAAACAGUCUUGUGUUGCUUUCAUAAACACCCAUAUAAACUAGAAACAUACUGUACUUUCAGCUUUCACUUUCCUAAGGUAGUCCUUCCUUGGACCUUUCCCACACUACCUUUUGAUUAUCACCCGCUUAGUCUAAAAACCUUGACGUGAUCUGCAUAAGCAAGUAGGUUAACAGCUACCCCUACAGUGCACCUCACUAAGAGUGCUUCCUAAACUCACAUUGCAUCAACGAACCAUAACUCACUUAAACAGCAGCACAUCUCCAGGGCCGUGGGCCAACAAUCUCCCUCUUGCUGUGUUUGUCUGCCUACGGACCUCCCUUCCUCACUGACAAAUAGUCUCUUUGUUCUUUGCAGUUUUUGUGAAAAAUAGUGAAUCUUUGACAACAGUGGUACUGCCCACAGCCUAUUGAGGCAGGGUGUUGCCAGGUUGUGCAAGUUGGAAUGAGCAGUUUCUGGGUUUUCGGGGAAAAUGUCCCUGGGUGUUUUGUAGUGAACAGGAGUUUGUUUACAGAAUUCUUUGGAUCUGUGCUCUGAAAAGCCCUGAUCUCUUUCAGAAUUUCCAACCUUAUCAUUGAUGACCAACCUAGAGUGCCCUAUGAGUUGCAUGACGUACAUAAAGGAUUAUAGUAAUUGGUGAUUGCCAAUUGACCACCAACAACCAACAAUUAACCUUUGAAUCACUGAAAAGUAGAAUAGCAUAUAAUAAUUUGAAAUAGUCAAAAUGUUCUUGCAAAUGCCACUUAUUUGAUAUUCCUAGAAAGAUAAAAGAAAUAUAUGUUUGAGUUCAGUUACACUGAUGCAAAUGAAGGACAUAGCAUAGGAGCUACUCUAGAUGGAGAGAAAAAUAUAUUAGUGACAAAAAUAACCAUACAGGUUUUAAGACUGACAUGCUAAAUGUCCAUUUUACAGCCAUUUGUCUAUUAUCCAGGGCAACUUUGUAUGUUUAUGUACAGGAAUUAUUGUCAUUUUCUACAUGAAGCACACUACUCUAUAGGUAUUUACAGCUUAUACAUCAUAAGAUAGUAACUUUAUGAUAACUGCCUUGAGUGUGUGUACUUAUACGUUAAAUGUUGUAUCUUUAAAGGUUUUUGAGUUACCUUAUGAUACUAGGGUGUUCAUCGUGUCUUACUUUCAGACAUCCAUGACUUGCAUGGGGAAAUGUUUACUCAGUUUCAUAUGUUUAAGACAAACAGUAUCUCACACACUUUUACCAGGAAACCAUGACUAAAGCCCCUCACCCCAGAUACAUGCAUACAGAUACUCUUACAGUGCCUUUAAUCCACACAAGCUAGUAUGAGUAAUUGCACUCCUGAUGGGAUGGAUUCCUAUUUUUGUAGAUGAGAGUGAAAGUAAAACAUGCCUGAAGUUUUUUCAUCUUCUGAGGAAUUACUUGCAGCUAUCACUUUAUGGGGCAUACUCAAGGUUUGAUACAAACUACAAAAGGACUGAAAACAUUUCAUUUUAAAGGAGGUGCAAAAACAUCUGUCAAAAUAACUUCAUAAAACGUCAUGUUUGAAAGUCAUACCUGAAAGUUUCUGACCUUCCUCUUUUUGCACAUUGUUAGUGCUUUACCAGCCUUAGUUACAGAUAUCUAAUGCCAUGACUCCCUAAAAAUAAUAUAGCUCGCGAUACCAGGUGCCAAGGAUCAAAAUACUACAGAGGUUACAGAAGUGGAAAAAGGCAGAGAACAGCACUCCUAGGUUCGAUGGAUUACCACUGCUCAGCCCAUUUUUCAGGCUCUUGGCCUCCUUAUUAAGACAGUGCAAAGAGAGGAUGAGAAGAUGCUCCCUGGAGCCAGAAGUGUUCUGCCCCUGUAGAGGCUUCUGGACAUGAGUGUGUUUUGCAAGGUGUGAGUGUUGGGAAGUUUGGGAAAGAACUUCAUUUGUUGGAAAGGAUGAUAAAGUCAUGUUUGCAUUAUGCAUAUGUGCAGCGUGGUAGAAAGGUGUCUGCAAUGUGUUAGACCAUGAGAACUGAAAUAUGUUUUAGGAGGAUUGGGAAACCUCUAUUUCAGUUACACCCAACAUCUAUUAUAUUGCUCCUGAAGAAGACAGAGCAAUAGAUUCUUGACUUCUGUAAGUCAAAAUAUGGUGCCCAAAAUAUUUUAUUAUGUCUAAACUAUGCACGAAAAUCCCUUAUUAUUAAUAUUGAGGUCUGGUAAACACAAAAGGAAUACAGUGUAUGUGAUAUAACAAAAAUAUUUUCAACAGUUCUUGCCAAAGUAAUGCACUCAAAGCCUUUGAAGUGCUUCAUGUGUUUAAAAGUUAACCUGCCAGUCUGCUAAAUUGGAUCUGUAAGGAGAAAAUAAAUAGACAUGAAUCAUUUUAAAUGACUUCUUACCUAUUUAUUUUAAAUGUGAUUAGUCAGGCAGAAGAUUUAUCAUAUUUAAUUCUUCUUUGCAUAAAUCACAUUACUGAGAAAGGAUCAAACACUAGGCUCAUGUGGGCUGUAUAAUGUAGAGGUUAAAAUGUGACUGGUUUUGAUGUAUUUCUGCUUAUUCAUGCAAACGUGUUACUUAGGUGAUAUCUCUGUCUGCUAAUGUGAAAAAAUAAGUAUCUAGAAAUAAAUUUGUAGACAUGUGUAUGUGUGUAAAACUCUGUUUCUAUUUGUUUUAAAAUCACUGGAUCAUAUGUGAGGACCAUUGUUUGCUUGAAUGUUCAAACACCAGAUACUUACAGCACAGGUAGUGAUAUCAUGUUCAUCUUUGCUUUUACGUUUUAGCCUGUUUAAUUUAGUUAACCACUUAAACCAAAGAAAUUUUCUUCACAGCAGAAGAUUCCUUGCCACUUGAGUGUUUCAAUGUACUCCUACUGACACUUGUUUCAAGCAUCAUGUAAACAUGCAGGAAUUUCCUCUCAAAAUUUAGUAUUGUAUAAAUCAAUAAAGAUUUUUUAACAUUAA